GCUUUUGAGAGAACUCCAGUAAUUUUAUCCACACUUUCAACAUAAGAUAUACAACAGAAUGAAGAUCUCUGUGAGUUUUACGCUGUGGCUGCUGCUCGGCGCCGUCUCCGCUGAAGAAAGUACCGAUUAUACGCUGCCUUUUCCUCAAGACAUCUACGCUGCGCUGGAACAGAUGACCACCUCGUUGGAUCAACUGAACGGGGAGAUGAGCUUGUUGCAAAGAGAGACUCAAGAACAAGUAGCACAGCUGAAGACUGAAAUGGACAAGCUGAAUAAACAACAGCAAGAACAAGUAGCACAGCUGAAGACUGAAGUGGACAAGCUGAAGCAACAACAGCUAGGCCGACAGGUUGCGUUCUCAGCCUCUCUGUUGGCUGGAGGCCAAGAAGCAACUUUAGGACCCUACCCCACGUCCCAUACCCUGGCCUUCAAACACGUUAUCACCAACACUGGAAAAGCCUACAACCCAAACACAGGUGUGUUCACUGCCCCGGUGAGAGGAGCGUACAACUUUGAGUGGACAGUCGGUGCACAUGGAGACAACCGCAAUCCUUCAGCUGCCUGGUUGGUCAAGAACACAGAGCAUGUUUUCAUUGCAUACGAGCAUGAGACAUCCGGUUAUAUGAGUUCUUCUAAAGCCGCUACGCUGCUGCUGGAAGUGGGAGACGUGGUGUUUGUGCGUCUGAGGCUUAAAGUUACAGCCGCCAUUUUCUUGUCGUCGGAAAAGCUGACGGAGCGAUAG